UGGUGGCCCAGCUUAUAAUCAUGACUAGUCUCAACUUCGAUGAUCAAGAUAGUGUUCUGAGAUCGAUUACAGAUGCACCGCCAACUCAUUACACACUCAAAAUAGAGUCACUUUCGAUACUGACCAAAGUUUCAUUGGAGAAAUAUGAAUCAGGGGAAUUCGAAGCUGGAGGAUACAAAUGGAAACUUGUUUUCUAUCCAAAUGGGAACAAAAACAAGAAUGUUAAAGACCACAUUUCUCUCUACCUGGUAAUGGCUGGAGCAAACACUUCCCAGAAUCACUGGGGUGUACAUGCUGUUUUCAGGUUGUUUUUGCUUGAUCAGAAUACCGGAAAUUACUUGGUUUGUCAGGAAGAAAAGGAAAGGCACUUUCAUGCAAUGAAGCUUGAUCAGGGUUUUGAUCAGUUUCUCUCCGUCAAAGCUUUCAAUGAAGCUUCCAAUGGAUUUCUGGUGGAUGAUACCUGUGUGUUUGGAGCAGAGGUCUUUGUUUCUAAAGAAAGAAGCAUGGGGAAAGGAGAGUGUCUGUCUAUGGUGAAGGAUGCUGUUAUGUACAAGCAUGUUUGGAAGAUCAACAACUUCUCAAGUAUAAAGACAGACUGCCACGAGUCCAAAACAUUCAGUCAUGGAAAUCAGCAAUGGAAGAUACAACUCUAUCCCAAGGGCAAAGGCAGUUUUAUGGGUACUCAUGUUUCCUUAUUUUUGGCAUUGGCUGAUCCUACCUCUCUACCUCCUGGUACUAAAAUUUAUACAGAAUUUACUAUACGCAUCCUUGAUCAACUGCAUCAAAGGCAUAACUAUAGUAAAGCAAAUUUCUGGUUUAGUGCCUCAAAACCAGAAUGGGGUUGGUAUAAGUUCAUGACACUAGGCUUUUUCAAUCACGCAAGCAUGGGGUUUCUGUUUAAUAAUACUUGUAGUGUGGAGGCAGAGGUCACUGUCCAUGGAGUUUCUGAUUCCCUAUAGUAAAAGUCGGACUGAACAAAGGCGUAAUGGUUUCAAAACAUGU